AUGGGACGGUUGUAUUGGCAAGGUGGAACAACCCACACAGCUUCUGUAGGUAUCAGAUCAAGCCGUGGUAGGUGCUGCCCGCAUAUAGAGAGAACAAAGAUUCGUACUAUCAUAAUCUCCACUCCAUCAAAGCAAUCUUCAAAAGAGAUGCUUGCCCAAAGGCUUUCUCUUUCCCGGGCACUUGCCCACCGUCCAAUUCUCCCCCGCCCCAUCCCUACUACAUACAUCGGAGUACGGUCAUUCCGCGCUGGUUUCCCGAGGCUUCCCGAGGAACCCGAUAAUUCCCCAGUUUACACCGAAGCCAAUGAUCCCGAGAUGAACGGCGGAUACGUCAACCCAAUUCCGCAAAAGCGCCAAUUCAGAGACCCUUACGGUGACUGGUGGGACAAGCAAGGUCGCCGCAACUACGGGGAACCACUUCAUGAAGACGACGACAUCCUUGGCCGUUUCACUCCCGAGGAGUACACUUGGACUACGCCUCAGAAAGGCAUGGUCAUGAUCGGAACCUUUGUACUCGCUGUGUUUGGCCUCUGUGGUGCUGUCUACAGUGUCUAUCCAGAUAAACCUGCCGUUCCCAGGAGGUUCCCACAUGGAGGUUUGGUGGAUGCUCUUGGUGGCCCUGGGGCGCUACCAGCUUUGUCGGAUAGCGAUGAGUAG